AUAUUUUUGCAGCGGUUUCUACAAAUUUUUUAAAUUAAUUUGUGUAUUUUUGACUUGAUAGAUAGGUAAUGGAGAUUUUAAAGCAAGGCGCAGAAGGUCGUCUUUACCUUGGUGUAUUUAAAGGGGAAAAGUGUUUAGUAAAAGAGCGUUUCAUUAAACAUUAUCGUCAUCCAGAAUUGGAUACACAGAUUACAAGACAACGAAUCAAAGCAGAAACAAAAGCGGCUACUCGAUGUCAAAACGCUGGAAUAUUAGCACCACGUAUUUUGCAUACUGAUCUAAAUGAACGUAAAAUUUAUAUGGAAUAUUUUGGAGAAGCCAUCACAGCCAAAGAAUUAAUUCAACGUGUUGUAGCUGAUCAUUCAGUAGAGACAGCGGAAAAAGUUUUGAAAAAUCUUUGCACACAAGUCGGUACAAUAAUUGGAAAACUUCAUGCAAAUAACAUAAUACAUGGUGACCUUACAACUUCUAACAUACUUAUCAAUCCCAAAAGUGAAAAUAAGGAUUUUAAAGAGUACGACAUUGUUUUUAUUGAUUUUGGAUUAAGUCAUUACAACCAAGGAGCGGAAGACAAAGGUGUCGAUUUAUAUGUAUUGGAAAGAGCGCUUCUCAGCACACACAGUGAGCAACCAUAUCUAUUUGAUUACUUGCUCGAAGCUUACCGCAAAGAAUGUGGCAAGGAUGAAGGAACUAUUGUUGCUAAAUUUGAAGAAGUACGGGCGCGCGGACGGAAACGUACUAUGAUUGGCUAACCAGAUGUGUGAAAAGAUUCAUUUCAUUUUUUUUAUUACGAUAAGCUUAAUUGUGACUAGAUCCUAAUUUACACAACAAAAUACAGAACAUAGUGCAUAUUCGACUAUUCUA